ACGAAAUUCUAAAAAAAAAAAAAACAAAAUGUUGUAGGCUCAUCUCAGAAGCUUUAAACAAUUAGUUGCGAAACAUAAGCGAAAGAGUUUAGAACGUUUUCUCUGUCCUGCGUCGGUGGUUUGAACGAAACAAGCAAAGUUUAAGGAAAUGUGAAAUAUUUUAUGAAUAUUACAAAUUUUGUUUAUUAAAUUUCUACAUAUCAAGUUACGCGAGAUAAAUGAAACCCCUCCAUUUGCUGUUGCAUGUGCUUGUCGUAGUUAUCAUCACCUGCAGCUGUGCUGAUCCUAGACAAAGUGACAUCAAUUACUUUUUGGAAAAGUCUGGCAUACGUAAAACAAAAUAUCAACCGCAGAAAGCUCGUAAUGGAAAAUUACUGGUUACAAAUUUGGAUAAUGGACGUGAUAUAUGGGUUUUGUUAAGGCAAAUGUUGCUAAAUCGAGCUGCCAAUAAUUGGCCCCGCUUAUAUCGUUCCAAUUGGGAACAGGGUAAAAUACAGAAACCACGCAAGUGGUAUCAGUUUCCUUGUAAAGUAAAUGGCACCAGAUCGACGGUGCGACCUUCCAGUGUUGAUGAACUGAGACCAGGAGAUAUUGAUGUAAUAGCUGCCAUAGGUGAUUCUUUGUCUGCGGGCAAUGGUGCCAUGUCGGAAACAGUUUUGGAUAUAUUGACUGAAUUUCGUGGAGUUACCUUUUCAGGAGGUGGCAUGGCCGAUUGGCGUACCACAUUGACAUUGCCAAAUAUUCUGAAGGUAUUCAAUCCCAAUUUAUAUGGCUUCUCCACCAGUGAUGUGGUGGCAGUGGAUCGUCAGUCCUAUCUCAAUAUAGCUGAGCCCAUGAUAAUGUCACGUGAUUUGGUGUAUCAGGUUCAAAUACUUAUACAACGCAUGCGCCGAGAUCCACGCAUCGAUAUGAAUACUCAUUGGAAGCUUUUGACUAUAUUUGUGGGCAACAAUGACAUUUGUUCCGACAUGUGCCAUCAUGACAAUUUGUGGAAGUUUCUACAACUUCAUGAACGCGAUCUGAGAAAUGCUUUCACCCUGCUGCGUAACCAUAUACCACGCUUAGUGGUUAACUUAAUACCUGCUCCCAAUAUGGUCAGCACUUUGCACAAAAUGCAGAACAUACCCUUGGUGUGUCAAGCGGUUCACAGUGGAGCCUGUCAUUGCGUGUUUAGCCAACGCUACUCUAAGAAAUAUUUGAGAACAAUCUCCGAAUUUAUUAUCCGCUGGCAGCAUGUCGAUGCUUAUGUGGCAUCCUUGCCGGAAUUCUAUACCAAGGACUUUGUAGUACUCUUUCAGCCAUUCACAGCCAACGUCAGUUUGCCCACUAAGCCAAAUGGUGACACGGAUUUACGAUUUCUGGCCAGUGAUUGUUUUCAUUUCAGCCAAUUGGGUCAUGCGGCAGCAGCAAAUGAAUUGUGGAAUAAUAUGUUACAGCCGCCAGGACAAAAAGAAUCCUACUUCACCGAGCCAUUUCUGAGAUUCGAAUGCCCUACGAAUCAGAUGCCAUUUAUUGCCACAUACAAAAAUAGUUUUAAGUAAAGGGGAGGGACAAGGAUUGACGGUUGGUUAUAUUGGGUUUUAUUUAGGUCAUAGAUUUAAUUCAAAUAUAUUUUUUUAAUAAACUUAUGAAUUGUGAUAUUAUACGAUAUAAGAAACCAAUAA